AUGAUCCAACGCCACAAUGCUCUCACCCAACGAGCACCUACGAACAUGCCUCCUCCAGGUAAAAUUUAAAAAAGUCAACUGAUAGAAAACCUUGUUUACAGCUCAAAAACGAGACAAGGAUCGAGCUCCUACAGUCCCUGACAAAAUUCUGGACACCGUUAGUUAUUUUUCUUACAUUCUAGUUGAAAUGUAACUUUUUCAGGAAAGGAACAUCACCUAUCAGCGCGGACGUUUCUUGGGGAAAGGUGGCUUUGCUCACUGUUAUGAGCUGAUAAAUAUGUCGAACAACCAAGUUUUUGCCGGAAAAAUCGUCCCAAAGACCAUGCUCAUCAAGCAGUAUCAACGGGACAAGGUCGUAGAAUCUACAGAGUGAAAAUGAAUAAAAAAGAUUUCAGAUGGCCCAAGAAGUUCAAAUCCAUCGGGCCCUUUCUCAUUCAAACGUUGUCAAGCUUUUCCACUUUUUCGAGGUUUUUGAAAAAUAUUUGAAAAGGAACAAUGAGUUGUUGAUUUGCAGGAUAAGUACAACGUUUACAUAACUCUGGAGCUCUGCAAUCGGCGCUCACUUCUGGAGCUUCACAAGCGUAGAAAAGCAGUUACAGAGCCGGAAGCUCGCUAUUUCACGCAUCAAGUAAAAAUUGGGCUAUUUUUAUUGUCCAGUUUUUUCUAGAUCAGAGGAGGCCCUAGUAUCAAAUUUUCUGAAGAUUUUUUUUUCUCCAAUCUUGAAGUCUUUCUCUGUCUCAUCUCUCCUUUUUCAUAUCCAGCAAGUUUUUCUAUUCAAAACUACUGACAGUUUUAAUUACUUUUUCCUUUUCAACACCCGAACUUUUAAGGCCUUUAGCUACAGCCUUUUUUUUAAGAGCGAACCAAUUCUUUUCAGGUCGUGACGGCGGUCGACUAUCUGCACGAUUUGAAGAUCAUCCACAGAGAUUUGAAGCUGGGAAAUCUUUUCUUGAACGAUGCUCUUCAAGUUUGAGAGCAAAACUAUUUUCUGACUAAAAAUGAGAUCUUGAGGUGAAAAUCGGCGAUUUCGGUUUGGCGACGACGAUCGAGGACGACGAGCGCAAAAAAACGCUCUGUGGAACUCCGAACUACAUUGCUCGUAAAUUUUAAUAGACAGGAUGAAGAAUAUUGAUUUUUUUUUCUUCCAGCCGAGGUGCUGAACAAGGACGGACACUCGUUCGAGGUCGACAUUUGGGCGAUUGGAUGUAUCCUCUACACGCUUCUUUUCGCUCAUCCGCCAUUCGAAUCCAAAUCUUUGCAGGUUCAGAAGUGUCUUAUAAAUCCUUGCUAACUUUUUUCAGAGGAGUAUAAAAAAGUAUCAUGAAGGUUUUGAGGCGGAGCAUUAUUUCAGCUCGUGAACCAUUUUAAAUAUUUCAGCUUUGAUAGAUUUUAAAACAGAAAAUAAUCUAAUUUUAUUCUUCAAAAGUCAAUGUUUUCAUGCAUAAAAUGUAGACUAUUUUCAAUGUCCUGGCUGAUUUUUCUAGGACCGUAGGCAAAUUUCAUAAAGCUCACAAAGUUAAAACCAUUCCCAGCAUUAAUUUAUGUCAUGCAGGGGAUUUUGAACAUGAAUUAAUAAACUUUUGAAAUUUUACUGGGUUAGUACCGCUCAAAAGAGUAAUUUUUUACCGCCUAAUCGAUUCCAUCUGACUAAAACGACCAAUAAUUAUUGAUAUGGAGACUCAUCGUUCAUCUUUCAGCAAACUUAUGAUCGUAUAAAGAAGAACCAGUACAUAAUUCCGAGCAAUUCUUCGCCCCAGGCAGCUCGGCUUAUCCGGGUUCUUCUCGCACCGACGCCAAAUCAGCGUCCCACCGCGAAAAUCGUAAAUAAAAUGACUUUUCGAAAAAAUUGAGGAAGUUUUUUCAGAUUGUACGUCAUGAGUUCUUCAAGAGCGGAUACAUGCCGACGAGACUUCCGGUCUCCUGCCUCACGAUGGUCCCGAAAUUCGGACACGAACAUUCGUUCAUUGAGGAUCAGAACCUCCCGCCAACCAUGUUUGUAGAGAUGGAAAUAAUAAUGGGCUUUUUUUCCCCGAAACGAAGAGCUAUAGCAUCAGAAAAGCAAGAUUGUAGGAAAACUAGUUUUUCGGAACAAUUUCCGCUCAAAAAAACAAAUUUUUGAACGAAAGUGGAAGCCACAAGAGUUUGUUCCCAAUCGAUACUCUUUGAUUCAAAAAAGUGUAUUUUUGAGAUUUUUUGUGACUUUCCAGAAGACCUUUUUUCCACUGAACUCGAUUGUCAGUUCAACAAAACUCAGGGCUAUUUCAGAUUUCCAUAGUUUCUAUGAUUAUUUGCGAAAUCCUUAUUGAGGCGUAAUAUGUAUAGUUAGACACAUUAGGUAGUCCAUAACUUUUUUUUUCAAAGUUUUUUUUUAUUUCUAUUUUUUCUUAGUCUUGUUGUUAUCUUGGUCAGGCUUCCAAAUCUAACAGAGAGCUUCAAAAUCUUAAAAAAAUUGCCUGUCUGAAAAAAAGUCUUCGGACAAAAAAUCUUGCGAAGUCUUCUAAUCUUUCAAUAUUCUUCGAAGAUUUCAAGUUUUUCCGAAAGAAAGCGUUCAGAGAUCUAAUUAUACAGAUUCAAGAUUUUUGAAUCGGGUGCCAUUCGAACACCUCACGAGGUCAUUCUGAAGAGAAAAACAUGUGUUUACAGGCAGCCUCAAGGUCAUCCAGGUGGACUCGGGACGGAUCAGCGUCAUUUGCGUAAGCGGAACUGAAUAAAUUGAGUCUUUUCAACGAAAAUAUUGCAGAAAAUGGCACCCAAAUGCGACAAAUGGAAGCGGCGGCGGCCCAGGCUGCGUCCGACCUCAACCGACUUCCGGAAGACGCCUACCUCGCCGACCUGUACUCCCAAGUCACUCAGCUGCUCUCCUCGAACAUCCAAAUAGUUUAAAUUCACAAAAAUGCCUUUUUUGCAAUAUAUUUCACUGUAGCUGGACGAGCAGGAGGCUCUGCUGGACGAUUAUCAAUCGCCAGAGGCUCUGCCCAUUUUCUGGGUCUCGAAAUGGGUCGACUACUCGGACAAGUACGGAAUCGGAUACCAGUUCUGCGAUAACUCGGUUUGGAGAAAAUCUAAAAGUAGCAAGUAAAAUGGGAGUUUCUAGGUGGGAGUGUUGUUCAACGACAACUCGAGGAUCAUGCUCGACGAGGCUGGCAACGAGUUGACCUACAUUGAGAAGAACCUCCGGGAACACUACUUCCAAAUGUCGACUAAUGUCAUUCCGCCAACCCUGACCAAGAAGGUGGAUCAUUGGGAAAACUUGAUGCAAAAGUUGUUGGAGUCAAAAAGUUUCGAGAGAAUGUUUGCUCCCUCGAGAAAGCGCGCCAAAAGUUCAAAUUUUGAGAUUUUUUAAGAAAAGCGGAAUUUUUAGAGCUAGAAAGAUGAAACGGACGAAUGGAAACCAAAAAUGUUCUUUUUUGAAAAAUUAGCCAGAACAUUGAAAAAUAAUCUACUAAUGAUAAAAUAGGAAAAAAGAGACAUGAAAAUUUGAUUUCGAGGGAAUUUCCGUGCAUAUGUGUGCUUGGAAAAAAAUCCCGAAAUUGAAAUUAUUUGAAAAAAAUGAGAAAAAAAGGUAUAUACUUGGAAAUGGAGCUAUUAUUCGUAAGCCUUAUGAAAAAAACAUAAUUUUCAAUUUAAGAACUGAAAUGAGUUUUUUUGCCAUAGUAAGUAUCCAUAUGAGUUUUUUUUAAAUGAAUUUUUUUGAUAUAUAGAUUAAAUUUAUUAAAUUUUUCAGGUGACACUCCUCAAGUACUUCCGUUCCUACAUGAACGAUCACUUGAUGAAGGCCGGCGAAGGAGUUCAACGACAGGUUCUCCUGAAAAUGUUUCAGAAUUAUGAACUAUUUGACAGGAAGGAGAUGACCUCGCUCGUUUGCCGACCCUACGAGUUUGGUUCCGGACGAAAUCGGCCAUCGUUUUGCACUUGUCCAGUGGAACUGUCCAGAUCAACUUUUUCAAUGUGAAUUUACCAUCUAAUUAUCAUUCCAUUUUCAAUAAUUAUUUUAAGGACCACAUCAAAAUGAUGAUGUGCCCGUUGAUGCAAGCCGUGACGUUCAUCGAUCAGCAGAAAAGGAUCCUCACCUACAAGUUCAGCAACUUGGCCACCAACGGAUGUCCUGAGGUCAGGAAAUUUAGGAUCCUGAUAACUUGCAAGCUCUGAACUUUUUAAGGAUUUAUAGAUCCCUAACCUUUUUCUGCCCUGAAGUAAUAGGGAAAUAAUAAUUUCAAGUUAUGUAUUUUUUCUGUUUUUAAUCUAGACCGAACCAUUAUACAUAUGCAAAGUCGGAAAAAGCUCCAUAGAAAUUUUCCUUUAAGGCUUUUUUUGCGCCAUUUCAUCGUCCCGUAUUAACCAUUUUCGCUGCCUCUCCUUCUUCCUACCAUUUCUCGAGCCUUUAAAAUUCCAGAAAAGUAGAAGGCUUGAUAAAGGGACACUUUUUGCUGCCUUUCUGCUGCUUUUUUCGAGCCUCUCCCUUUUAGAGACCAUUAUCCAUCCAUCAAUCCGACUUUGCCCGAGAUAGAAAUUCUUUAAAAAUAGAAAAAAAAAGUCUCAGAAAAGUCCAUAGCGCAAAGAUCCAGAGAACUUUUUUUUCAAAAUGCCCUUCAAUAAAAUAAAUUUUCCAGAAGUUCAUCUCACGACUGAAGUACGCCAAGACGAUGAUCGAACGUCUCAUGUCGAACUGUACCUCGACUAAGCCUGGAAGCCUGAGCACGGAUAGCCGGGUAAUUAACGCAUUCUUUCUCAUUUUAGCACGCGGAAAAGUCAAGAAGGAAUACUUUUUCCUUCAAAUUUUAAAUUUAAACCCUUCCCCCUUGGCAUUUCUCUUGUAAGAAAAUUUAAAGCGGCAGAAAACUAGUCUAGAUUUUUUCGCGAUGUUUCUCUUUCCACACUUUGAACUUAUCUAGCAUUGAUUUUUCAGACUCGGUCCGCUUCAGCCUCUGCUCGUGUCCCUGCCUCCAGCACGACAGUUCAAGCUUCUGGCCAGAUCGGCUCCAAAUUCGGAAGACCCUGA